AUGUAUGUGGAAAUAAAACUAACAACCUUACAACAACAAACCAGGAAUGAGCGAACCAAAAUGAAGCAUUUUCAACCAACAAUUGAAAUAAUUCGGCAUGACAACUCGUUCACAGAAAACACAUUACAAGAGGACGAAACACGCGAAAUUAUAAUUGUUAACUUAUCUAUCCCAUUCUCGAACAAUGUCUCACCGAUAAUGCGCUACAUAGGAUCAUCUCAAAUCACCGAACACAAUAGUAAAGAUGGUGGAAAUCCCUAG